AUGGGAGGCUUGCCUGGAGUCUUGCCAGCCAUACUGCUGGGGUGGCUGCUCACGUCCGUCCCAGCGGAUCUGGGUGCCAACCCCGGCAUGGUGGCCAGGAUCACUGACAAGGGCCUGGAGUAUGCGGCCAGGGAGGGGCUGUUGGCUCUGCAGAGCGAGCUGCACAGGAUCAUGCUGCCUGACUUCACCGGGGACGUCAAGAUCCCCCACUUUGGCCAUGGGCGCUAUGAGUUCCACAGCCUGAACAUUCACAGCUGUGAGCUGCUCAGCUCUGCACUGGGGCCCCUCCCCGGCCAGGGCCUGAGCUUCACCAUCUCCGACUCCUCCAUCCGGGUCCAGGGCAGGUGGAAGGUGCGCAAGUCUUUCGUGAGACUACAAGGCUCCUUUGACUUGCAUGUCAAGGACAUCACCAUUUCAGUCAACCUCCAGUUGGGCAGUGAGCCCUCCGGGAGACCCACAGUCACUGCCACAAGCUGCAGCACCCACAUCCAUGACGUGGAGGUGGACAUAUCAGGAGAUCUGGGGUGGCUGCUGAAUCUCUUCCACAACCACAUCGAGUCCAAGUUCCGAAGAACAUUGGAGAGCAAGAUUUGUGAAAUGAUCCAGGAAUCGGUGACCUCCGACCUACAACCUUAUCUUCAAACUCUGCCAGUCACAACAGAGAUUGACAGUUUCGCUGGCAUUGAUUACAGAUUAACGGAAGCCCCUCGGGCAACAGCUCAGAAGCUGGACGUGAUGCUUAAAGGUGAAAUCUUUAAUCUUAAUCACCGCUCCCCAGUCACCUUCUUUGCUCCAGUCAUGAGCCUUCCUGAGGAACACAACCAAAUGGUCUACUUUGCCAUCUCAGACUAUGUCUUCAACACAGCCAGCCUGGUUUAUCACGAGGCAGGGUACCUGAACUUCUCCAUCACAGAUGACAUGAUUCCACCUGACUCUACCAUCCGGCUGACCACCAAGUCCUUCCGAGGCUUCGCCCCCCGGUUAGCCAGGCUGUACCCCAACAUGAACUUGGAGCUCCAGGGAGCAAUGGUCUCUGCUCCACUCCUGAACUUCAGCCCUGGGAACCUGUCCUUGGCCCCCCAGAUGGAAAUUGAGGGCUUUGUGCUCCAGCCCAGCUCCGGCAGGGAGCUUGUGUUCCAGCUCAGUGUGGCAACUAAUAUGUCUGCCACACUGAGCUUCAAUGCCAGCAAGAUCACCGGGUUCCUGAUGCCAGGAAAGGUGCAAGUGGAACUGAAAGAAUCCAAAGUUGGAGUAUUCAAUGUGGAGCUGUUGGAGGUGUUGCUCAACUAUUACAUUCUCCACAUCCUCUACCCCAAGGUCAAUGAUAAGUUGGCCAAAGGCUUCCUCCUCCCUCUGCUGAAGCGUAUUCAGCUCUACGACCUUGUUCUCCAGAUCCGUAAGGACUUCCUGUUCUUGGGCGCCAACAUCCAGUACAUGAGAGUUUGA